AUGACGGGGUUGUAUCGAUCUUCACCCCAUAUCACGCCCGACGCGACUCACCUUACAACAACGUCAUCAGCCUCAACAGCGCAAACAUCCACCGAUAUUCAGAGCUUCAGUAGCAACAGCAACUCUGGCCUUCUCGUCGGUAAUGCUCGUUUUGAUCACCCACCGUUGACCGCCUUUUUUCUUGUGCCAGAAGGUGGAAACAUGACAACUGGGACAAAGCCGUCAAGGGUUCGUAGAAAGAGUGCCCCGGGGUCAGAGACUGUAAAACAUCGCCGCACGAGGUCAGGAUGUUUUACAUGCAGAACACGUCGCGUCAAGGUAACAAGCCUCCUCCCACCCAUGAUCUGCAAGAUCAUGGUAUUCAGGUACCCCGCGCAUACACCCCACCUGCCUCCCUCCUGCUCCGCACAUACAUUCCCCUCCCCCAAUUUAAGCUCCUGCUAUAGAACUCAUCCAUUGACUCUGUUAUUCUCAAUGCUUCUAGUGCGAUGAGACACAUCCUGUUUGUGAACGUAAAUUCACUAGAUCGCCUUUGAAUUGGUUUAAAAAUGAUGGCUACUAACACAGAUUCCGAUACAUAGGAUGUCAAAAGGGUGGAAGGGAAUGCACCUACCCCGAGGUGGUUCCGUCCAAAUCUAGUUCGGCGCACAGGCAUAGGCGAGAGAAACCACCCGUUUCGAGGGAAGGGAGUUCGUCCCUUGACGAAUUGGAGGAAGAGGACGGAUAUGAUGAAUACCUGGACGAUGACAAACCGACUCCAAGGUUAAGGACGUCUGCGAGUCAGGGUUACCUGAGAGGGUCCCAACGUCGAGAGUCAUGGCCAUCUUCGUCCGAUCAGGGCCGCCGCGGAAAACCUCGAAAAACCGGCUCCUCCCUAGACCCUAGCCCCUCGCCGAGAAAUGACAAUUCGUAUUAUCCUGACUCUUCAGAGCCCGCUUCCCCAGCUGCAUCUCUUCGAAGGGCCGCUUCGCAUGCGAGUCUUGUUAAUUUUGCAGAAUGGGCGCAUCUUCCCCACGAUAUUGCCUUUUACCUCAACUACCAUCGACAAAUGCUUACAUGCCACCACUACCUCCUUAAAUCCGACAAUAGUAAUUUUUUCAAAACAACCCUUCUGGAACUCGCUGUGGGUAACGAGGCUCUUCUUUAUGCCGUCGCAGCAUUUUCUUCCUUCCAUUACAGUGUGCAUCACAAAACCGGAGUGUUUCAGACCUUCUUGGAAUAUUACAACAAGUCCGUUGGGCUUCUCAGGGUCUCCUUGGAUGAGGAACAUACCAUGUCAACCAUUCUUACUAUCCUUCAAUUGGCUAGCUUUGAGGUAUUGUUUUGAUGGGCUUUGUUUGGCUGUCGGCAUUUGCUCACAUGUUUCAGGAAUAUCUUGGGGAUUGGAUGAAUCUCAUGGAGCAUAGAAAUGCAGCAACGAAAAUUUUGACAGCAUUAUGGACCCCAGAGACCAUGUCAGAGACGCCCCAACGACGAAUGGUAUUUAAUUGGUUUGCUCAUUUUGAUGUAUUGGUAGCCAUGAUGGCAGGACAUAGAACCACUGUGGACAGCCAAUGGACCGAUUUCAACAGGCAGGCCGUUCACAGGGAGGCGGAAGCAAACCCGGAUAACAUCAGCCUCAAGGUUGAGAAUGCAUCCUGCGAGUUCAGAGACCUCGCUAUGGAUAUCUCGAUAUUGACUGCUAAACGCUCCCAAGGGCUUAUAAUCAUGGAGGACUUUCUAAUAGAGUCGGCGAGGUUGUUACAGGCGUGCAAAUCCUGGUUUGAGUCACUGGAUCCGAUCAUCAUGAGUGGGGCUGAGAAGGUUUUGAAAAAGGCCAGCACCUGUGUCGAGGACGAUUGUCCUUUUGAGCCUGCGACUAUCUACAAGGGGAAUAAAUGGGCGGUUAAUUUCCUCGUGUGCGACUAUUACGGCCUGAUUAUUAUGCUUAAACACCAAAUCGCUCUCACCAAUGGUACAGGACCUGAGGUGUCCUUGCAGGACUUGGCCAUAAAGAUUUGCAAUGUGUUGGCUGCUGUUGAGGUGUAUCCGGAUGCUCCUUCUGGUGCGCUGCUGGCAGCCCAGGCCCCGCUUGGCCUUUCGGCUCUUUGGAUUCCCAACAACAAACGAUAUAGAAGGUGGAUUCAGAAGCAGUUGGCCAAGAUUGAGCAGAUGGGGUAUGCUGUGCUUGGUGUUUCCGAUGGGGUCUCGGUUGCUAACAACGGAUUUUAAUAGUUUCGUUUACCCACUCGCCUUCCGUAAUAGGAUGUCGGAAAUCUGGAAUGACCCCCAGCUGAAGCACACCUGGAUAACUAAUAACACCGAGACGGCCAUCGGUAUGUCUAUCCGGCAACUAGUUGACAUGCGGGACGCAGAGUUUCCUAAGGACUCUGCCAGGCACGAUAUUAAGGAGAUGAGAGCCUUGCUCACGGAGAUGCGAUUAGAUUCUAAGGGCUCUGGUUCACUGCCAACUCCGGUUUCUGAAUCCUCUCCCGAUAACUCCGAUAUCAUUCCUACUCGUGGAGAUGACCAAUCUUUCCAUCCUGCAGUUCAGGAUAUCGGGCAGCAGUGGCCAUGA